AUGCUCACGUUGGGGCUCUUCGCGCGUCGGCUUUUCGGGCCCGUGGGAAAUCCCGACUGCUUCACGAUAAGACUUCACUGGAAACGCACUGUAGCGAAGGAAAUUGCUUUGUCAUUGCGAAUAGUUGACCUCUACAAACAGAGGUGCAUUGAUUCAAUUGCUUCCAAUCCCCAGUUGGAACCAUGGCCCGCUUCGACUGCUCAAUUGGAACCCUCAAACACCAAUGAGUCAGGCCCAAUUACACAGCCCAAACUUCAUGCAAUUGAACCUGGAUUCAUCGCAAUUGUCCUAUCGCUGAAUAGCAAAAACGGCGAUCCCGAAAACCCAUCUCACACCGUUCGGGUCCACGGGCCCAUGGCCAUAAGCGCCCGCUGCAUGGAAUGCUUUAGCGCAAGUGCCCCCAAAAUCCAGGCACACUGCCAAGCCCCCUCUAACUUGAAUCAAUGGCAGUCGCAGCAGCAACAGCAGCAACGUGCGCCCGGCAAUUCGUCAUGUCAUGGUAGUCUCAUCAGUGCCCCGGCGCCAGAUUCUGAUUUUGGUCUCUUGUGCGACGUUUCUCCUUUCUUGGAUCUCUUACCUCUUGAUUUCGACUUCAACUCUCAAGGUGUUCACCAGGGAAAUGAUGCGACGUGGAAUUUUGGUCAGAAUAUGGGAGAGGGAUUGUUUGAUCAGAUUAUGAUCCCUGACAUGAGCGCUCUGGAUACGAAUACUCAGCUCGAUGUGGGAGAUGGCUUCCUCGCUCAGGAGCAGUCUCUCAUCACUGUCAACUCUUCACCACUCGAGCAACCUUCAACAUCAAGCACUCCCCACCCUACCACCACCAACAAAUCUCCCUCAUCGACUAUCCCAGGAACCUCCACCUUCUCCCUCCACCCAUCCCCCUCUUCUUCAUCAGGCUCCUCCCGGAAGCGCAAAUCGUCACCGGAAGACGAAGAGUCAGCCGUUACCCUCAAACGCCAACGCAACACCCUCGCAGCUCGCAAGUAUCGCCAAAAGCGACUCGAUCGCAUUUCAGAGCUUGAGGAGGCACUGGCUGCUAUGACAAAUGAAAGGGAUAACAUGAGACUUCAACUUGCGAGGAGGGAAGCUGAGGUGGAUGCCUUAAGAGAAAUGCUGGGAAAGAAGUGAGAAGGAAAGGAAAGGAAAGGAAAGGAAACAAAACACAGGAUUCAACAUGAUUGUUUGGAUUCGGGGCUUUGGAAAGACUCCUAGAUAUGUUACGUUUUAGCGAGGCGCAUUUCUAAUUAUAUUGGUUUUUUUUUGUUCAAUCAUUGAAGCAUAAUUGAUGUGAUGUGAUACGAUGUGUGUCUUGAGAUGACAAUGCUCUUUAGGCAGGUGAGGUCGUGAUUGUCGCCGGACUUCAUCUCCUCUCGACAUAUAGAGAACUGAGGAUGAAUCUCGUGUCAACUUGCACUCAUCUUCAUCACUUCGCACCACCACUUACAAGAAUUGCUUUAUUGUAUCAAGUCGAGUCAUCUCAAGACAAUUUAUACAUAUUCAUUUAACGCUGCAAACUUCCGUAGCAUCCGAAAUCUCCACGUAGAGCUCAGAACUGAUCAAUAUAUAUGAC